AUGUCGCCCAUCUGCUACCACAAGAUGUGCGAGUCCUGCGUCGACCGCAUCUUCACGCAGGGCCCCGCGCCCUGCCCCGUCAUCGGCUGCGGCAAGACGCUGCGCAAGAACAAGUUCCGCAAGCAGACGUUCGAGGACGUGGCCGUCGAGCGCGAGGUCGACGUGCGCAAGCGCGUCGCAAAGACGUUCAACAAGCGCCGCGACGACUUCCGCGCCCUGCGCGAGUACAACGACUACCUCGAGGAGGUCGAGGAGCUGACGUUCAGCCUGGUCAGCGGCGUGGACGUGGCGGCCACCGAGGCGAAGCUGCAGGCGUACGAAGCGGCGAACCGCGAGCUGAUCACGACGAAUGCGGCCAGGGCCGCGGCGGAGAUGCAGGCGGCGGCGGCGGCGAGCAGGCAGGAGGUUGAUGCGGCGAGGGUGGCGAGGGAGUUUGCGGUGCGCGAGGCGGAGGAGGAGCGGCGCGAGGCGGAGGAGCUGAAGAAGCGGACGCUGGACGCGUUGGCGAGUGGGGAUCGGGACGCGGCGAAGGUGAUUCAGGAGGUGCAGCUGAAGCAGUCGGGGGAGCGGAAGAGAAGGCAGGCGGAGGCGCAGAUGAAGCUAAGGAUGCUGACGGAGGGGAGGAAGGACCUGUUGAAGAGCUCGCUGCUGGCGGGGAGGAGGAGGGAGGAGGUCGAGAGGGUGUGGGAUCCGUUGGAGGGGGUGACGGAUAGGAGUGAGCUUUAUGUCGUGCAGGAGCAUUAUGAGAAUGGAUGGCUGGAUAAUGCGCGGAAGGAUGUCGCGACUCAGGCGGGCGGCUACUCGGUGGGCGAGUACUGCGGGCGCUCGCUGUUUGAGGCCUUCUCGGGGCUGACGUUCUUCAUCGACGAGGACGCCGAGAAGAAGGACGACGAGCGGAGAGCGCCCACGUUAACGGACCUGAUGGUCAUAGAUGCGGUUUCGUAG